GUUGUUAAUUAGUAUGUAUUUGGGUUUGGGAGUUGGUUGCACUUUUUAUCCGCCCCUAUCUAGAAAGUAUUUUUCUGGUAGAGAUGUUGAUUGUAUGUUGAUUUCAUUACAUUUAGCUGGUUAUUAUUUUACUUCUUUUUCGUCGUUUUUAUCUAUUCCGGUUUUGGCUGGAGCUAUAACAAUGUUACUCUUUGAUCGUAAAUUUAGAACAUCAUAUUUUGAUCCUCUUGGUGGAGGUGAUUCUAUAAUGUUUAAACACAUGUUUUGGUUUUUUGGACAUCCACAAGUCUAUGUUUUAAUAUUAUCUGGUUUUCAAUGA